AAAACAUUCUCUUUUGUGGAGGAAAAGGAACAGUGCUUAAGUAUGAACCAGGUGGUAGAAAAGUUGUGUAACUUGUCUCUUGCUCAAAGUUGGUGUGAAGACAUGCAAAAUAUUAUCUCAUAUGUGAGUUCUAAGUACGAGGCAAAUGCCACGAAAGCAAUAUCUUAUGUAAUCCUCGGCUGUUUUUCUCUUUUGAUUUCUGUGCUAGUAAGAAGGACCAGGUCGAAGCCCAAGCCCAAGCCCAGAAUCAGGCCCAAUAGACUUGAAGCUACGAGGUCCUUCAUCGUUAGAGAACUCCAUAGUGGGUAUCCAGCGCUGGAUAGAUUGAUGACAGAACAGUAUGAACAUCCAUCAGCAUUAGACAGCGCCCAUGCUCUUAUUAGGGAACUUCAAAAAGAUUUACCUGAUUUACUCAUUCUUCAGCAAAAAGUAAGAGAGUUGGAGAUGUGGGAAGUGGAGGAUUUUGCAGAGAGAAUACUUAGACCAGCGUUGAAAGAGGCUAAUGAAAAGGAGAAGCCACACGAAGCUUACGAGUUUGAAAUGUUAAUAGUGGAAGUGCUUAUCUACAAGGGAGGAAUUUCAGAUUUAGAAAGUGCCUUGCAAUGUGAAUGUUUGGCAGAUGAAUCGCUCAAAGAUGCAAGACGCCCACUGUACAAGGUUGUUUUGGAAAUAUUUUACAGGCAAUUAUAUACAAAAUGCUGGGGAAUAUGGAGAAAGCUAAAGAAUAUUGGGAUGAAUUUAUUGUAGUUCGAGAACCAGCUUUUGGUCAUGAAAUUAUUGAAAUCGAUUUUGAUACGUUUAAACAUCAUGUGCUUCGACUUCAAAAGGCUACGGAGAAGGUUACACAAAAAAGGAGCAGCAUCAACUUCUCAACUUUCUCCAUUUAAUUACAUAUAAAUAUGUUUAUUAAAUUUGUUUUCAAAACUCCAAAUUUUCUAUUGAUUCGAGCAUAGAAGCGUAAGUUGAAUACUUGAAGGAGAUGUAUUUAAGCUUUCCUUUUUAACAGAAACUCCAGCUUGUAAUUUCGAGGUAAAAUAAUUAAAAGGUAUUUCAUUA